CACUUUUUGAGGUGUUGGUACCCAUCGUGAGUACCAGGUUCUCAACAAACAAAACCUGAGAAAAAGCUUGUUUCAGUUCCGGUUUACUUGAAUUGAUUUUGUUUUGCAAUUCAAUUGGGGAAUUAAUUCGAGGUUACUGGUUUUAUUUACUCAGACAGGUAGGGUACAUCUCAAAUGUUUGUUUGAACCAAGAAAGUGUAUCCAAAGAUUUCAAUCCAUUAAUUUUUCCCUUCCAUUAACUGAAUUUUUAUUUGUCCAUAAUUCAUGAGUUGCAUUGGCCUCUGAAAGCUCCUGUAUCUAGAAACAACACAGUGAAUAUCAUACAUUAUAAAAAUAUACUAUACUAUAUAUUUAUUUAAGUUAGGAUAUGGAUCAGAAGAUUUUAGCCGCAAUUGAUGAUCCCAACGUAUUCUCGUUUGAGUCCUUGUGGCAGGAAUGCCAAGCGACACAAGAUACUGUGUCCCCAGCAAUAUAUCAACUCUUGAGCACGUUCUACAAAGGAUCGACGAAAGAUUGUUCAUCGGAUUGGAGCCAGGAACGAGUAGACAAGCUACAACUUCUGUCGCUGGUAGAUGCUGCUGUACGGUGCACAGGUUCUAGCAUUUCCUAUGAGGAUUUGUGGAAACAGUUAAGAUUAGAUGAUUCCCUUGUCCCAAAAGAAAAGGAUUUUAUUCUUGAACAAUACUUGAUCCAAGCAAUGAUGAAUCAAAUCCUCGUUGGAAAAAUUAACUCACAGUCGCGGAUGCUCCAUGUGUCAUGGGCCAUGGAACGAAGUUUGAAUCAUCACCGAAUUGAAGAAAUGAAACAGACUCUCUCAAAAUUUAUUCUACGUUGUUCGGAAGUCUUUCCUAAAACCGAUAUGCAUCCUCCAUUGACCAAAUCAUUUAAACGUGCGAGCCGGCUGUCUAGUGGUGACGGCAUGGAUCACUAUACAUCGGACAAACGUGCUCGAGCGGACGAUAGUUCCAUGGAAGAGUGAAGGCUGUUUCCCUACUUUCAAUUGUUCAACCUCUUUUGUAUGUUAAUAUACUAUGUAGAAAGUCGCAUCCAAGGAAUCUUUGUAACGUCUUUCUUUGCAGUAAAUGUCUACUUCAUUUGAAUGAAGACUUCGUAGUGCACUGAUAUCGAAACGAACACUCAUAUCCACCAUAUUUUAUUUUUUUGAUUUCUAGGUUUUUCUGCACCUAAAUUACACUCAAACAUACCUAUUCGAGAGUAACAACAACUUAUUUAAAACUUAACUUAUCUUUGGAGUAGUUCUAUUGUUGCGUUUUUCACUUUUUUCAAUGAACCUGUGCUACUUCACUACUGGAUAAACAAAACAAAAAAAAAAAAAAAAAAAAAAGUAA